CUCAGACCCGUCACGCGAGCACUGCAAAAUGUCUUUACCAUUCAACAGGGCAUUAGAUUUAAAAUUACUUUCGUUAGUCAAAGAAAAUCCAAUAAUUUAUGACUCGAAAAAUGCUAAGUAUUUAGACUUUGAUACAAGAGAGGUUGUGUGGCAGAAAAUUGGUGAUUCUCUAAAUCGACCUGCGCAAAUCUGCAAAACGCGAUGGGUGAACAUACGUGACAUAAUGAGACGCAAGAUCAAGGACAGACUGAGGAAUCCGAACCAAAGGAGUUACAACUACAAGUACGAAGAUGAACUGGCAUGGCUGCUUCCAUAUUUCAAAAUAUCCAACUUGAACAGUACCAAUGAAGAAUACGCUGCGUUCUUUGAUGAAACCAAUGACUGUUCGGUCGAAAUAGCGGAUGCGUUUGAAAACGAAACAGGUGAAUAUUGCCACGAGGAGAGAGAAAUUAAACCGAAUAUAAGUUUCCGGAAACGUUCGGAAGAUUCCGGAACAUAUGGUAAAGAGUUUCAAGAACUAAAUCCAGCGGAUCCAUUGGACGUCUUCCUGAUAACGAUAGGUUCGACGCUGAGAAAAUUCAGUCCUUAUUACUUGAAUCAGGCGAAAAGUAAAAUUUUCCAGGCUGUUCAGGAUUAUGAGUUGCAGCAGAUGGUUAAUAAAGAUGACCAGCCAAGUAGUAGUGAUUCGAAGAGGUAGGGUAUAAAGAGGCUGAUUAUUUGUCGGUUUGAAAACAUUUCAGAAAUGUGCCGAUUUUGUGAAUAUUAGGAACAAUGCCUUCACCGAGUUAAGAAUACGCUAAGCUUUGUGCUAGAAUAUAAAAUCUUAAAAUACCUUUUAAAAAGAUCACACGGUGUUUUCAGCCAAGCUUCAGCGUGUUUUGACAUUCGCAUGAAUAUGGCCAACUAAAAAAAGGAUUUAUUUUUGUUCCUAUAAAAGUUGAAGGUCUGCAAUAAAUAUCGCGGGUAUAUAUGAAUAUGUGAAUUUUUAAAAUAAUAUUUUAAACAGCAUUUCACCAUACACGUGUAUAAAUAUUAUGCAACGCGCAAACAAAAUAAGAUUUUACAUUUUGUCAAACCUAAAUCAUGGUAUCACGUGUAUUGUUUUGUAUCGACAAGAAUUGUUUUAUAUAUUUUAAGUAACAGUUAAGUGAAUGUUUUUAAUAAAUAUUUUUGUAUAAA